GAACCAGGCUCGCCGCCGGACUCGACUUAUAGAGGGCUAAAUUUACCAGUACCAACGUAUUUCCUGACCUCUUAUAAUUGGUCCAGCUCGCCAGCUUAGACGGUUAUAAGGCUUAAGGACCUCCUACCAUUCAAACUUCAUGUAUUUGAGGCACGGCGGCGGGGAGUCGACAGCGAGAUAAGGCGCACACGCUUGCGGAGGUGCGACUCGGGCUCUGCUCACGCGACUUUUUUUUUUGGACAAGAAAUAAUUAUCGUUUCACCGAAUGAUGGCCUUAUCCGGGGUGAUGCUGCCGUCGUUUUCCACAUUCUCCAACCAAAGAGAAAAAACUUGGGAAAACAGGUGGAAAGGAGAGAUGGACAAGACGGUCUCCUUGAGCUGCUCCCUGCUCGAAAUGGUACAUAACGUGGACAGUCACAGCAGGAAGGACGACGAGGACCUGAGUAACUAUUUGGAUCUGGAUUUUAUUCUCGCCAACACGACCGGAUCGGAUAGCGUAGCAGGUGCGGAAUACAUUGGCGGCUCGGCCGAUCCCGUCCUGUACACGACGGGGAGCACGGCGCCGUCCUACUCGACCGGAGACCACCGCUCCCCUCCUCCGCCUUACAGCACCAGCCUCAUGGCCGAGCUGCUCCGCUCGGAGGGGGAGAGCAGCUACGGCGUUGCGCGCAGCGCCGGCGUCCAGGGCAGGUUUUACGCCAGCGCGGCGCAGUUCCCUCGGCAGGACAUUGUUGACAACAUCAAAGCCGAGCCGUCCAUGGACAGCUACGGCCCCGUCAUGGGCAUGGUUCCUCAAACUUGCGCCAAAAUCAAGCAAGAGGGCAACGUCUCUUGCAUGAUGUCCUUCGAGCAGCCGCGGCUCGCCAUCUCCCCGCGGGCGGCCAGCAACAUGACGCCGCCGCUCAGCCCCGACGACCAGGCCAACGCCGUCAACUUCUCGCACAAGCCCUACCAAACCACGGCGGCGUACCCUCACCACCACCCCCACCUCCCCCACCACCCGCACCUCCCCCACCACCCGCAGGCGCCCCAGAUGCAGCUGUCCUUCCAGGGGGCGCACCCGUUCGGCAUGUACGAGGAGGGUCUCGGCGUGCAGCCCAGUGCGCAGAGGGUGAUCCUAACGCCGCCCUCGUCCCCCCUCGAGCUGCUCGAGACCAAACCCAAAAGAGGGCGACGCACCUGGCCGAGGAAGCGGACGGCGACGCACACCUGCACCUUCGCGGGAUGCGGCAAAACCUACACCAAGAGCUCCCAUCUCAAGGCGCAUCACCGAACUCACACCGGUGAGAAGCCAUACCACUGCAGCUGGGAAGGUUGUGGCUGGAAGUUCGCCCGCUCCGACGAGCUGACCCGCCAUUUCCGCAAACACACCGGACACCGGCCCUUCCAGUGCCACCUGUGCGAGCGCGCCUUCUCCCGCUCCGACCACCUCGCGCUGCACAUGAAGAGGCACAUGUGAGCCGUGCGCGUGGCGACUUGACUCGUUUUAUUUAAAUGGUGUUGUUGUUGUUUUUUUUGUUUUUUGUUUUUUUAACGAGACCAAAGCCUUUUUAUAUAUAUAUAUAAAUAUAUUGAAAGAAGUUUAGUGUUAUUAUUUUCUAAUAGCGUAGCUGGUACUACUUCGGUGAUAUUAAAAGCUUUAGAAAAGCUUUAUUGGUUGUUCGCUUCCGGGCGAACGGACCAAUAAGGGGCUGGCCCUGUAUAUGUAUAUGUAUAGGUAUAUGUAUAUGUAUACUACUACUACUCUUCCUCUGACAAACUGGAAUGCUGUGUUUGACACAAAGAAGUGCCUUUACUCUGACUGUGUGCUACUGUAUAACUCUUGUCGACAGAACUGUAGUGUGUCCACCAGAUAGUCCGAGACAAGUUCUUGUCGUUUGGAGAGAAACGCACAUACUACAGCCGAAUGUGUGCCAAGACAAUGUUUUACUAUUUAAACUGCCUCAACGUCUGAAAUGGCCUGAACUGGUUUUGAUUGCGUCCCACACUUGGGUGAUGUUGUGUGUACUUUUUAAACGAAUCUGCAACUGCUGGGCCCAGCCCCCUCCUGUACACUAUCAGGGCUUGAUGUCCUGUGUAUUUUUUAUUUUUUACUUAAAUUUAUACAGAUAUGUACAUGGAUUUUAUACUGUAAAUUGUGUAUUUAUUGUAAAUAUUAAACCAAUGAAACUGAA